AUAGUUCUGUCAUAAGUAUUUUUUAUUGGAACUUCAGUGGUGUUUCACCUGGAUCAAUGUUUCUUACAAAUAAAAAAUAUUUUAUGAUUGGAUGGAUGGAUUUGUGAUUUUUUAUUUUAUUUUAUUUUUCUGGUUGAGAUCAAGAUCAACGGAGAACACGAAGGGGAUAAGAGGAGAUUGAAUUUUGCAUCCAUAUUAGAUUUACCUUUCUCAACUUGAAAGUUAAAACAAGAGUCUCUUUUCCGAUUAAUUUCGAGCCUUUUGAGUGAAGAACACGAAUGUUGGAUUUAUCAUACAUGUCCUAGGUGCCAAUUGCCCCAAGUUCUCUUCUGAUAUUAAGCGGUACUAAGGUAUCUAUGUCUGCGUGUGUCUGCGCUCAAUUGGUGGCCUUGUUAGUUAUUCGUGUGUCAUGUGAAAAGGUCGCAGGUUAUUACAUUGACAAAGUCCAAGUUGUUUGCGAUGUCCUGUCCUGAGUAGGUAUGCAAUGGGGUGAUAGUCAGAGCUAGCCACAGCAGCAGAUAACACAACAUAAUGGUUUUCCAGAAGAAAACGGCAGCCAGAGUUCUCUUACCAGACUUGCUCCUCUUGAAGCAGUGCUCUUUGAUAUAGAUGGAACUCUCUGUGAUUCCGAUCCUCUCCACUACGAAGCCUUCCGUGAAAUGCUUCAAGAGAUUGGUUUUAAUGGUGGUGCUCCCAUAACCGAGGAAUUCUUUAUUGACACUGUUGCUGGCAAACACAAUGAUGAUAUAGCCUUGUCUCUCUUUCCUGAUGAUCUGCCACGAGGUUUAAAGUUUGUGGAUGAUAAGGAAGCCAAGUUCCGGACAAUGGCAGCACGUCAACUGAGGCCUUUGGAUGGCUUGGAUAGAGUAAGGAAAUGGAUUGAAAGACGUGGGUUGAAGAGAGCUGCAGUUACCAAUGCUCCAAGAGCAAAUGCAGAGCUCAUGAUCUCCGUACUUGGCCUCUCAGAUUUCUUUGAUGCUGUUAUCAUAGGUGGUGAAUGUGAACAUGCCAAGCCUCAUCCAGACCCCUACCUGAAAGGUCUUGAAGCUCUUAAGGCAUCAAAGGACCACUCAUUUGUAUUUGAGGAUUCUUUUUCAGGGAUCAAAGCUGGAGUUGCAGCUGGGAUGCCUGUUAUUGGUUUGGCUACUAGAAACCCAGAAAAGCUUUUGAUGGAAGCAAAACCUGCAUUUCUGAUUAAGGAUUAUAAUGAUGAAAAAUUGUGGGAUGCUUUGGAAGAACUUGACAAGGCUAGUGGUCCUCCUUCAGUUUGAAUUGCUAGUGAAACUGGCAGAAUUUCUUCACAGAAACCGGGACUGGUAUUAAAUUCAUAGGUUCAACUGCAUAAUAUUGUUGUAGGUGGCCACAUUACAAUACAUGUCCAUCAUUGGUGUUGCUUUGCAGCAGCAAACAGUCAUUCUUUCUCUUUCUUAGCAAUAAUUUCACUGCUAGUUAUGACCCGUGGCGUGGGUCAAGCCAAGGACAUCGUAACUGUACUGUAGUUUAUGCUCAUUAUAAUCAAAUCCUUCAAAUAAUUCAUAAUUUACA